GUCAUUGGUGGAAGACAGUGGUCAGACACACUUUGAUAAGCUAAAUCAAUAAUAACGAUAUCAACAUCAAAUCAAACAUUUACAUAACAUUAUAUUACCAUAAAAAAUGAAAUGAAAUUUAAUCUGUUCAUACUCUGUUCUGGAUCUUGCCAUGGCUCUUUCGAUUUUUCAAUUUCUUCUGUUCUCAAUCAGCAAUUUCUUCCUCGCUUCUUCUUUCCAAGAUCUUCUUCUUCUCUCUGUUAAUGCGCAAUCACACAAUCUCACUCAACCUUCAGUUACGCCAAUCAACUUCGAUCUCUACCAUUCCAGUGGCAAUUUGAUGGAGGAGAUCAGGGCCUUGGUCCAUCGUCACCCAGAUAAACUCACUAUGGAGACAAUUAAAGCUGGAAACAAAGGCUAUGGUGCUGAGGUUUCAGUGGUUACUUAUUGCAAGGAAAAGAAAGACAAUGAUGAGAGGUCGAAGCUUCGGAUUCUUCUUAGUUUUGGGCAGCAUGGAAGGGAGCUGAUUACCACAGAACUUGCUUUAAGGAUUUUGUCUAUCUUAAGUGAAGAAAAAUUUCUACCCAGCAUGGAUCAAGCUUCCUUAAACAGUGCACUUGACAAGCUUGUCAUUAAGGUGGUUCCAAUGGAAAACUUGAAUGGCCGCAAAGUUGUUGAAGCUGGAGAUCUCUGUGAGAGAAGAAAUGGUAGAGGAGUUGAUCUCAACCGGAAUUGGAGUGUAGAUUGGGGCAAAAAGGAGAAGGAUUAUGAUCCAUAUGAGGAGAAUCCUGGAAUUGCUCCAUUCAGUGAGCCUGAAAGUCAAAUUAUGCGGAAACUUGCCAUAUCUUUUGAACCGAAUCUAUGGGUCAACGUGCACUCUGGAAUGGAGGCUCUUUUUAUGCCUUAUGAUCAUAAAAAUACAACACCAGAUGGAUUGCCAUUGCAACGGAUGAAAUCAUUGCUUGAAGAAGUAAAACAUCUUCAUUGCCAAGAGCGCUGCAUGAUUGGGUCUGGAGGCGGUUCUGUAGGGUAUUUUGCACACGGGACAGCAACUGAUUUCAUGUAUGACAUUGUGGGGGUACCCAUGGCUUUCACCUUUGAGAUAUAUGGUGAUGGAACUGCCUCAUCGAGAGAUUGUUUCAAAAUGUUCAAUCCCACCGACCUUGCUACCUACAAUAGAGUUCUGAGUGACUGGUCGGCAACAUUCUUUACGAUUUUCAAAUUGGUGCCGCAGAAACUUGGUGAUUCAAACGCGUCUAUUUUGAAGCCGGAUAAGUUGGUAUCGAUAGAUGAGUAUCUAGAUGGGUAUUUGAUGGAAAGAAGAAAUAGAUAUGGAAAGAAGUUGGAGGUGCUUGAGCUUGGAAUGCAAGAAAUAAGAACAUAUUUUAGGCUCUUUUUAUUAUCUUCAGUGUUAUUACUGUUCAUGUUCUGUUCUAGAAUUUCAAAAAGCAAGUGUAGACCAAUUGUUUCUGCUAUACCCCUCUAAAACUAUGUCGUAGGUUAAAUUGUAUAUCCAUUUUUGGGGGGAAAAAUUGUAAGUUAAAUUGUUGUCUGUAUUACUAUGUAACGCGAGCCUUUUUUUUCUGAGGCUAUAUAAUCUAAUUCUUUAUAGUGCCCAACUCAAGGACUGGUGGGUUGGGUUGUAAACGAAUGUAUAAAGGUUGUUUGUUAUACCCGAA